AUGGAAUGGAGAGAUCGUGGAAAUAUUGACUCUACAUUCAUCGGGAAUCACAAGAUUUCCACGAAUCUGAUCAACCAGUCGACAACGGAGUGGUCAAAAAGCAUAUGA